AUGUCGAUUCGAUCUUUGAGCGAUCUGCAUCGCCCGGACGAGGGGGACUCGAAGAAAACCACGUCGCGCUUCACGGGCGGCGAACGGUCGGGCCUCGCCGUUGAGAGUCCCUCUUCCGAUGAUGAACACCCCGUCGGAGACUUCGCGCAUGCCGUAAGAGGCGCAGCGCCUCCCGGCGCUCGUCGCGUCACAGUUUACAAAAACGGCUUCAUUGUGGACGAUGGCGAAUUCCGAUCUCUCGACGACCCAGAAAACGCCCGCUUCCUGGACGAAUUGAAGGCAGGCUUCGCGCCUCGCGAACUCCAGGAGGGCGGUCGCCGUGUCCACGUCGAGCUGGUGAAUAAGCAGUCGGAGGCGUACCGCCCACCGCCGCCGCCCGCGUACGUUUUGUUCAGUGGAGAAGGCCAGCGGCUCUCCAGCGGGGAAGGUAGCUCGGGGGCGACCUCGGCGGUUGGCGGCGAAGUUGACGUGAGCCGCGGAGCCGUGACCGUCGACGAGAGUCUGCCAACGACGAUGCUCCAGUUUCGCUUCCACGAUGGACAAAGGAGAGCGCAAAGAUUCAAUGAAAACCACACCAUUGCGGACAUCCGCGAUUUCGUGUCCCAAGUAGCGCCUGUGAACGGCGACUUCCGUCUUCUCGAGGGCUUUCCCCCGAAGGAAAUCUCUGCCGCGCCGUCGGCGACAAUCAAAGAGGCGGGACUACUCAACGCCGCCAUCGUCCAAAAGGUGUGCUAG